CAGUGGCCAAAAUAUUAAAUAUACUCUGCCUGGUUUUUGAUGAAUAAUUAGGCCUACUACGCUACUGUUUUUUAAUGUUGGUCAUUAUGGUGGUACUUGGAGAGCCAAGUGUUUUCUAAGGUGAUACUUGUGGAAAAAAGUUUGAGAACCACUGAUAUAUUGCAUAACAAAGUUAGUGUUUGCUGGUAUAACACGUUAAAUAUGGCUACUGUCUGUCUUGGGAGGCGCAGCUCUAUAAUCCCAAGAAUGUUUCCUUAUUCCCAACGUUUUUCCUGCCUAAAAAUGACAAUAGACAUCGACAACCAAGGUUGACUGACAGCACGCUUGCUGACCUUUCCAUUCCCAAGUGUCUAUUUUUGUAGUAAUGACUUUAAGUAUGCGUAGGUUGAGGCUGUAAAUGUGACAGAGGUCGAUAAGGAGGGAGGAGGGAGGUGAGGGCUGGGCCAGAAUGGACUGGAAGUGUGCCCCCAGCAGCAUUUAUAAACAUGACCCCCACACGUCUCCCCACACUCUUUGUUUACAUACGUGCUUCUUGGCACAACCUCACACUGGAAGGCUCCUCCACCAAUCUUCCUGUUUUAGAUUUGAAGAAAAGCCGGCAUUUGGCCCCCAAACGUCAUGUACAGCUCCAGCUACUCUCGGGCCAAAUUUGGCUUGGAGGCCAGGGAGCCUCUGCACAAACCGAAAGGGAAGAGCUGCGGCUACUACAUGAGGAUCGUUUUCUUCUUCUCCUCCCUCAUCCAGUCCCUCAUCAUCGUCAGCCUGGUGCUCUUCCUCAUCUACGGGCAGCCCGAGAAGUCCGCCGAGGAGAAGCGAGUCAAGGAGCUGCAGCAGGCCUUGAACAGCCUGAGCGAGAACAACUUCCAGCUGACUAAAGAGAAAAGCCAGCUGGGUGCUCUGCUCGGGGCUCGCACUGCUGAGAAAGCUGCUAUGGAGAAGGCGCUGGAGACGCUCAGAAGUGUUGCGAACACUACUACUACUGAAUUAAGGAGUAGACUAGUCCAGUGUGAGAGGCAGAUUGCAACAACACGUAGCAAUAUGGGGAUGCGAUGUCCUACUCCACCCAUACAGCAUCCUAUUGUGGUCAAUACUGGCAGUGAGCUGAAAACACUGCAGAGCCUCAACGCUCAACAGAGAGCCAUGAUCGAUCUGAUCGAGGCCAACUUCACUCAGACAGUGCACUACCUGAUUCAGGAGAGAGACAAUGCCCUGAAAGACAGAGACAUCCAUCACCACGACGCCAUCGCUCUACGGAGACAAAACACCAUGCUGGAACAGCAGCUCACAGCAUACACCAGGAAAUGCAAAGAGGACUUUGCUCAUUCUUUGGACGGGAUCCAGACGGUGACCAGGGAUUUUCUCAACAAAAUCAACAACCUGUUCCCGCACCAGAUGACCUUUCACCUCACCUGUGAGAGUCAGCAGGAGCAGAUGGAGAAGAUAAGGAACAGCUGCACAAACCUGUCCAGAGAUGUGGAGAACAAGUUUCAGCUGUAUUUGGACAACGUGGGCAACAAGGUGGCUCAGAUUCAAGCCAUGUCCAGUCGUCUGGAGGUGCAGCACACACACCUGACCUCUGACCUGCAGCAGUGUGAACACAACCGCAGCGAGACGCUGGCCGAGAGCAGCAGGCAGCUUCAAGCCAAGCAGAGGACUCAUGACGAGAAGAUGGAGAAACUGCUGAUCGAGCAGAACCGGCUGAGAGAACAGAAACAAUUGCAAGAAGACACUUUGGCCCGGAGAGAAAAGGAGCUGCAGACCCUGAGGGCAUCGCCUAAUUGUAAGGUCGCUCCGUGGAAACCAGCGGGAGUGCAGUCUGUGCCGCAGCACAGCAGGCAAACUGUCGCUAACUGGCCUGCUUUUCAAGCGCCAAGCAUCAGCAAAACUCUGACGGUGAGAUAAUAUGCAACAGGAAAUCAUCAGCGGAGGCCACAGUGGUGUAAAAACUGUAAAGACCAAAAAGUUAGUGAUAUUCGGCUUUUGGGCAAACUUAAAAUGAUAGCUUACUUCACUGUUUUAUUACUUUCCAAAAAAAUCUACUUUCAUUUUUAAAAACGCAUUUUUCAAGGAGUUGGUCAACUGUCCUUUAGAGUGGACACAAAUAUGUUUGAAGUUUGGAAUUUUGUGAACAUUAUAACAAAUGUUUUCAAUGACAUUUACAAGUGUGUUUACAUAUUUUAACAUCUAAUACUUAAAGGGGAACUGCACUUUCUUUGGAAAUGUGCCUAUCAUUCACAAUCCUUGUGUGAUAAGCACACAUAUUUUAUUUUUUGUAUGCAUUCUAACACAUAAAUAAAGGCUAGCAAAAACCAGCCAACAUUGGAGCUAAAGGGAGUCGCUCUAUUCUGCCUAUAAAGGACUCUAAAAACAUUCAACAUUUUUUUAUAUAUAUGAUAUAAUAUAGUAACAGGCACAUUCAUAAUAACAUGUAAUAUUUAUGUAUUUUGCUCAUUUUAGAGUACACUGAUUAGCUGCAUUGUUAGCCACCCCGUACUUGCCAUAUUUUAGGAAUUAGAAUGCAUUAAAAAAGAAAGACAUCUGUUUUUGUCUUCCAUAAGGAUUGUGAAUGAUUGGCAAAAUUCCAAAAAAAAAGUGCAGUUCCCCUUUAAGUGUGCAAAAAUAAACACUGAUAUCAUAAGAGUAUCAGAUAACAUAAUAUGUAAAAAUAUUCUAAACAAUCAUAAAAGUAUAUUUUGCAUUCUAAGGACAUCAAGUAAUUUAUAUGAAAUGUUUAAAGAAAACAAGGUUGUAACAAUAUUUCUGCCAGUCGAAUAUAAUAUAGCCUUCAAUGCAGGAAGUCCCAUUCAUUACAGAUAUUAUUCUUCACAAUUUCCUCAACACAUUUAGUCAGCAAUCAAAAAUGUGAACAAUCAUACAGAUCCUUAGUUGUUGCUGGAUGUCAGCAUAUUUCUAUAAAUGCCAGGGAGGAAUGAACAUACACUAUGUGCCUCGCCUGCGCUGCACGUGUCGGCCAAUAGUGACCCCACUUGUCAACUCUUCACUUUGACAGUAAGAUAUAUAAUAUACACUGUAGUGGACGCUAUGCCUGAAAUCAUUCAUGUGCAUUUUAGGUUUAUCCUAAAAUUUCACCCAAAAGCCGAAUAUUCAUAACUUUUUGUGUGUGUGUAUACACCAACACGCAUCAAAUGUAAUAAUACACUUUCACAUUCAUAAUUAGUUCUUACUUGGAAAAAAAAUAUUUUGUAAUGUUUCUGUAUCUUUGCUCUCAACUUGAUGUAAAACACGACAAGGUGUAAAUAUUUCUCUUGAGUGUUACUCAUUUUGUUUAUACUUAGAUUUUCAAUUUAAUAAAUUAAA